GUUUACCAAAACUGAAGAAAAAAAAUAAAAAUAGUUUUUGAGCACCAAGUGCUUGAUAUAAAAUACAGAAAAAUCGCGAUAUUUAUUUGCUAGAUGUGAAAUAAAGUUUUGAUAUUCCAGUUCCGAAGUAUAAAUUCGUAUAUGCACAGAAAUUUGUCGAAAAAAACUGGACGCGCAUCGCCAUUAUUAAUUAGAGAGAAAGCGUUGUUAAAAUUUCAAUUGUUGUGUAUUAUUUGUGUUUAUUCUUAAUUUAGAGAGCAAAUCAGUUGAUAAGUUACAUAAUGAACCAGCAUAAAUUAUUCAAAUUCGAAUAGAAGCAUUGAUUGCACGUUUGGUCUCAAGUAACCUUACCUCUUCUCAUUAUAUUCAAUCAUUCACACAAAACGUGUGUAGAAAGAAAAAUUGAUAUAAUGUAACUUGUAUAAACAUUAAUGUGAAAUAUUUACAAAAAAAAAUCAUUUAUUUAUAAAAUUUAUACCACAAACAUUUUAUGGAUAAAAAAAAUGUCUGAAAAGAUAAUGCGUUUAAAUUGUUACUUGUGCGAUUUGCCGCGAAUGCCCUGGGCGAUGAUACACGAAUUCUCCGAGCCAGUGUGUCGAGGUUGUGUAAAUUACGAGGGUGCGGAUAGGAUUGAGUCGGUGCUAGGCAGAACACGGCAAAUGAAAUGCUUGCAUUUGGGAAGUGCCACCAAAAGGAGUCAUGAAAACGGAGAUGUAGCACAAAGAAACAUCGCACAAACUCAUCACCACUACUCUCUUCAAAGACAACCACCGAUACAGGGAAGCUCACAUCACAUUCCGCAUUCAGCGCGCAGUAAUCCACCUACAUUACCAAAUUUAAAACGACCGGCUCCUGAAGACGAAACUGAAAUACCUCAAAUUACAACAAAAAGGGAGUCCGAUGAGCCUGUUCCUUCUGCUAGGCCUCCUCUUACACGAGGAGAAUCUUUGCCUACUGCUCCCUUUGUCCAAGAACGUACCAAUUUCAAAGAAAAACACCGCGUACGUGCGCCAUCGUUUGAUACAGCAACAUUCAAACCAGGAGUAUAUCCUCCGAAUGUACCAUUGCUACAAGUCUCUAUUGGUGCGGAAACACCACCUACGGCACCAGCUGUUCCGUUACAAAGUCCCAUGGCUAAUUUAAUGUCAAUCACCGAAACUUUGCCGUCUGGAAGUCCUAGGAAUGGCACGAGUCCUCCAUGUCCGCCACCACCGAGAUCCGCAUCAAGAAGUAGCCAACAUUCGCCAAAUAGCUCUGGAUCAUCAAAUGGUCGAAGAUCAUCCGGGUCACGUCACGUUUCUUCUACGACAUCAACUGAGGCACAAUCGAACGCGCUUAUUAAUCCAGUGAGCGCUAGUCCCGUCGCAAAUCAAGAUGGGACUGUACCAACAGUUGCACCAAAUGCAAGUGGAAGUUCAAACUCCAUGCUAAAAUGUACUUUGUGUCAGGAAAGACUGGAAGACACGCAUUUUGUUCAGUGUCCGUCAGUGAAUCAUCACAAAUUUUGCUUUCCUUGUAGUCGUGAAAGUAUAAAACGACAGGGAUCUGGUGCUGAGGUGUAUUGCCCAAGUGGAGAAAAGUGUCCACUGGCCAACUCAACCAUACCAUGGGCUUUUAUGCAGAAUGAAAUAUUAACUAUUUUGGGCGAAAAUGAAUUGAAAGUAAAGAAAGAAAGUGAAGCAUAAGAAAUAAGGUACUUGUCUAAUCAUUAAGUAUGAAUACAGUUGUUAAAAUAUUAUUAAAUAAUUAAAUAUCAUUGAAUGAUUAAUAAAAUCAAUUAAUACAUAAAUAAAUAUGUAGUCUUGCAUGACCGAAAAGGCAAUCUAUAGCUUUGCUUUUAAAAGAUAAUCAUAGUAAUCAUAAAAUUAUAUAAUAAUAAUGAAUUAAGUGGAUGUACAAUGUACUUAUCUCAUUUCGUAGGCCGAUUUGUUAAAAAAUAUUUUUUCAAGAAUAUUUCAAAAUGCAUAUGGAAACUAAAGGAAUAUAUGUUUUUCUCGAUAAUUUGGCCAGUAGAGAAAUUAUAAUAAAUAUAUUAACAUCUAAAUUUGAAAUUUAUUAUAUAUUAUCACAUAAAAACACACAAUAUUGUUAGUGAGUAAAUAAUAUUACUAUUUAUAAACAUGUAUGUAUGAAAUUAUCAACUGGAAUAAUUUUAUUAGAGUGUUU